AUGUUCUGCGAAAAGGCCAUGGAGCUGGUCCGCGAGCUGCACCGCGCGCCAGAAGGGCAGCUGCCAGCCUUCAAUGAGGAUGGACUCAGGCAAGUUCUGGAAGAGAUGAAAGCUUUGUAUGAACAAAACCAGUCUGAUGUGAAUGAAGUGAAAUCAGGUGGACAAAGUGAUUUGAUACCAACCAUCAAAUUUCGACACUGUUCCUUGUUAAGAAAUCGACGCUGUACUGUAGCAUACCUGUAUGAUCGACUGCUUCGGAUCAGAGCACUCAGGUGGGAGUAUGGCAGCGUCUUGCCAAAUGCUUUACGGUUUCACAUGUCUGCUGAAGAAAUGGAGUGGUUUAAUCAUUAUAAAAAGUCCCUUGCUACUUAUAUGAGGUCACUGGGAGGAGAUGGAGGUUUGGACAUCACACAAGAUAUGAAACCUCCGAAAAGCCUAUAUAUAGAAGUGCGGUGUCUAAAAGACUAUGGAGAAUUUGAAGUUGAUGAUGGUACUUCAGUCCUAUUAAAAAAAAAUAGCCAGCACUUCUUACCUAGGUGGAAGUGUGAGCAGCUGGUCAGACAGGGCAUUCUGGAGCAUGUGCUGUCCUGA